UGUCCACCAAGCACAGCCACCUGCGUCGCGAGCUGCAGCUGGAGGAGGAGGCGGAGGACAGGGAGCUACAGGCGGAGGAGGAGCAGAUGCAGGCCUUCCAGCAAGAAACGGCCUGGAAACUGGCCAUGACCAGAGUCACCGCGGGCGGUCACGGCCCCUAAGGUCCUGAGCGCCUGUCCCCAGCGCUGGCUGGGGCCUUGUCGUUCCAGAGAAGAAAAUGGAGCCCGACACCCUGAGCAGCUACAUCGACCAGAAGCGGAAGAUGUUCCUGAUCCAGUACGCCGUGGAGAUGAAGCGGGGUGAGAUCAGGAGGCUGGAGGCCCUGGCCUCCAAGGAGGAGGCCCGGCUGAAGGAGGCCCAGAAGUCCCUGGAGAUGGACUCGAUCCUCUUUGACGAGUUUCUGAGGGACAAUGACGCCAACUCCGUCCAGGCCAUGAGACUGGCUGAGAAGGAGACCAAAGCCAAGAUGGAUAAGAUCGCGGAGAUCCGGGAGCUCACCAUCCAGAUCAUGCACGUCAAGAGCGAGAUCGCCAAGUUCGAGGACACCCUGCAGCAGUACAAGAUGUACAAGGACUUCCUGUACAAGGUGUCACCCAAGGAGUGGCUGGAGGGACAGGAGAGACGGCGGCUGGCCCUCAGGAAGGCCAAGGACAUGGCCCAGGCCCCCACCAAGGGCGGUGGGAUCCCCGCACCAGGGGACAAAGGACCCGGGGUCAAGAGCAAGAUGGCCUCUUUGUUGGGCAGAGAGCCUCACAUUGUGAAGAAGCCCCUGAAGCUUCUGCAGGCCCCACGGGGUGGACAGGCCCUGUCUAGUAGCAGCAGCAGCCUCCAGCCCUUGCCGCCCAAUCAGCCGGACCCUGGGAGGCCCAGCUCUGACCCCAUGCCGGAGGACUCGGACAGCGAUGAGGAGGAACAGGUGCUGUUCUUCACGGAGCCGCAGCAGCUGCUGGACAUCUUCACGGACCUGGAGGAGCAGAACCUGUCUCUGAUCCAGAACACCCAGGAGAUGGAGGAGACGCUGGAGGAGCUGAACCUCACCCUGAAGAGCACGCAUGUGCGCAUGGACAGGGAGGUCCAGCAGCUGAAGCAGUGGGUGACCACCAUGACCAUGUCCAUUGCCAAGGAAGAAGAGAUGGCUUCUGAGCUGGAGCUCAAAGCCCGCGUCUUCCACUUCGGGGAAUACAUGGGCGACCAGCAGGCGCUGCGUGGGCGGCCCGCAGGAGGCGAACCUGGGCACCGUGCAGAUGCUCACCACCAUCGAGCACCAGCUGGAGGAGCUGCUGGAGAGCCUGGAGCGCGUGCCCGCCUCCUGGGUGGAGCAGAUCGAGAAGGCCCAGGAGAAGGAGCGCCACCGGAGGCUCCGGGAGGAGAAGGCCAUGAUGCAGAGGAUGCUGCAGGAGGAGCGUCUGCAGCGGGCUCGGGCCCGGGCCCAGGCGGCGGUCAAGAGGAAGCGGGGCCGCAAGCUGGUGUGCCGGUCGCGGCCCCCGGUCCCCAGGGUGGAGGAGGAGCCCGAGCACCCGGUGGUGGACAAGGAGAAGGAGGAGCUGCUCUUCUUCUUCACCUAGUGGAGCGGGAGGUCGCGGCCACUUGGGGGCCGGGCGCGGGGUCCGCGGGCCGGACUCUGCGGCUUCCUGGUCGCACCAAUAAAGCCACGUAUUGUUUUUCUGUGGGUGUUGAUGGCCUGUCCCUGUCCCUGACCCCAGCGCGCCCCAUCGGGGACUCCGCCCGGUUCUCAGUCUGGCAACUCCUUGGAGCCCUGCCACCGGGUGGCGCAGGGGGACGAGGCCCCCAGAGGGUGAAGGGGGACCCGAAUCCAGCCGGGGACAGACCUUGGGUGCACGACAAUACAAAAACCUUUAUUCACUUGCGCUCCGAGGUGGCCGUGGCCAGGCAGGCAGCCUCAGUGCCCAGCGCUCCGCCAGCCAGUUUUAACCCUCGGGUGGUGACACCCCGUGGGAGACGCAAGGGCUCACCCGAGAGGGGCUCCCCAUUACGGGAGGCCCCUGGAGGACAGGUGGGCACAGAUGACCCCGGAAUGCUACCUGUGGGCAGCACAGGGACCUGAGGAGAGGAGCAGCUCCCAAAUGGCCUCAGUCCCGAGGCCAAAGUCCCCAAAUUAGAGAAACACAGGAACAGAGGGAGCGCAGAGUGGCGGGGCGCCUAGGUGGGACCCGCAGCCCCAUCGGGGUCAACUUCAAAGGCACCAGGGGAAAGGGACGCAUUCUGGGGAACCUGUGUCCAGGCACUGACCAGCUGGUAUGUGCCAGGUGAUGGGCGUCUGCUCCCAGGGGACAGCAGUGGGCGCAGUGUGGGUACACCGGCCACCUCCACUGUAAGAGCCAUCUGUGUGCCACUGUCAUGGUCCCUCCCAUUAGUCCCAGCACUCAGGAGAUGGCGUUGGGCACCGUGGUCACUUAGUAUUUAACAAUAGCCAAACGUGGAGCUUAGAGACGCAUCUGAAAAGGAUUUUUUCCUUUUUUAACUCUUGGCAUCCAAAUGCGCAGCUCCCUGUUGGCUGGACCCAGGUCCCAGGGCGUCCCUGGUCACCUUCCUCCCAAACUCGCUGUCUGUCUGUCUUGCUGGAACACAGACUGGGGUCUGGCUUCACCCUGGGGCUAAGGUUGGCAAGACGGGCCCACUGUGACCGCCAUCCCAAGCACUGAGAAGUGGCCUGUCACAGAAGAUGGCUUUCUAGAUCUUUCCUGGGC